UCCAAACCUCUCGGCAUCAAUCCACAUCUCCCAAUCGCCACUUUUCUCACUUGUAUCUCUCUACCACCCUCACCCAUCAGCAACACAACACAUUCCCGACUGAUCUUCCCAGAAACGCCCCUCGCCGCUCCGCCCCUUGCGCUUCUUUCGUCAUCUGGCGGCGACUUGGCUACCAUUCUUGAGGCAAUCAUAUCAUAAUCCGACCACGGCGGCCCCGUGGGAUCAUGUCAAAGAUACCACCAAGCACUCCCGACGCUGAACGCUCUCCUUCUCCAUCUCAUGACGACUCUCAAUCCUUUACAACGAUCGCAGACACCUCCUACUUCUCCCCCCAUCGCGAAGACCGACCGGGGCAUAUCGCUGCCCCCGCCUACUCUCCCUUGGGCUCCCCCUCCGGCCCUCUGAGUCCUGCCCACAGUGCUUCAAGUUUUGUCUUUCCCAUACGCUCCGUCUACCAGGGCAUGGUCACGUCUGAUUCUCAAAGAUCGGAUGGGUCCGACCCGCCCCGCAAAUCGUCGGGGAACAGCACCCAGUCGUAUCAAUCGGGCAAGUCUGCUCUUCCGCCUGGGUGGGAACGUGAUCGUCUCGAGGACCCCGACGCUGGUAUCCAAUCUAUUGUGCAGCUGUUGCAGCAGGGCCAACAGGGGCAGCAGAGUCAGCAGGGCCAACAGGGGCAACAGAGUCAGCAGGGUCAACAGGGACAGGAGAGCCAGCAGGGUCAACAGAUCCAGCAGGACGGCAGCGACACUCAUUCAAUGCUACCCCGGCAACAGCAGGCGGGUGCCGCUACCUACCACAGCAAGCACGAUCGGGAACGAAAUACAUCAAGUGGCGGCGGGGACGGCAUGUCGGCGCCAUCGCAGUAUGGAGACUCAACCGCUGUAGGCGAUCUCAGUACGCCUUAUUCGACAGAGGAGGAUGGAAGGAGGCCGAGUCUAGCGUUUGUUGAAGCGCUGGCUGGUCUCGAGCUGGGUGGGGAUGGGAAUGGAAAAGAGGAGGAUGCCAAGAAGGAAGAGACGGAGAGACCGGCUUCCGAUGGGGGAGAGAGACCGAAUCUGGGGCACUCUGGCAGUGGCGAGACUGUUAAACAGGUGUUUGACGGCGGCCACGCGAUCCACAAUCCUGUGUCAACACCCGACGCCAGCGCCGGGCCAAGCUCUGCCUCGCACAAUUAUCGUCAUUUUCCCAAUGAAGAUGCCCCCAGUCAAGCUACCCCCGUCGCCGACGCUCACACCUCCCCUCGCCGCUUCUCAUCAAUCAAACAAAAGCGCGGCUCACCAACACAACAACCAGGCGUCGAGCUACAACAUCCCAUACCACAACGCCCCUCUUCCCCAUCAUCAAAGGCGAACAAGGCGGCUGAAAAGAGCCGAAAAGCGCGAGGUACAUCUUCGCAUGGUUCAAAAGUCAGUAUCGACGUUGACGAGUCUGGUGUCCGCUCGUUGAUCAGUGAUCUGAGCGGUAUCGUGCGACUGGGUGACGUGGGAUCCUACAAUGGGUCAAAGACGGGCACGGGCACAAAGGGUACCUCUGGUACGGAUGGCAGUGUCGAGCAUUCUGGGUUCAAUUCUGCCAACGCGGACCACGUCCAUGGCAGAGCCGAAUCGCAUGGCUCGGGUCCUCGGUCAAAGAGGGCAAAGUUUACUGCACGCCAGAAUAGUGUACGCGACUUUGUGCAAGAUCAGGCCCAGACGACCAACUUGCAAGACCCGAAUGCUCCCACUCCCUCUCCGACCCCACAUGCGAUUGAAGAGGCGAGCGAGGAGGAGGAGGGAGAUGGGAAGACGCCAUCUCAACUGGAAGAGGAAUUGUCGCUGCCUGCGACGCCUUCAAAGCUGCAUCAGCCGUUAGGGAGUGAGCGGACGGCCGGAGAGAGUCAACCGGCGGCUGCUGGUGUUUCUGGGGAUCCGGACGCCCCGGAUGAGCCAGCAGUGACGAUGCGUUUCGAGCAUGUUGCUACCGAGGAAGGGCACCAUAUCGUCGCCGGUCGAGAAGGGACUUUGAAAAAGUGUGAGGAUGAGCCGAUUACGACGCCGGGCGCUGUGCAGGGUUUCGGAGUGUUGUUGGUAUUGGAAGAGGAUGAGGAGACUGGGGACAUGCCUAUCAGACAAGUUUCAGAGAAUUCUACCGAAAUCCUGGGACUGUCGCCAAAGUACCUUUUCCAACUCGAUUGCUUCACCCGCCUUCUGGCAACCGAUCAAGAAGAUAAUCUUCGGGACACUCUUGAUUACCUCCCUGCUCUGGACCGAUCCUCAGGCGAGACUGCCAUAGAAGAUGACGGACCGUCCGUCUUCCUUCUUUCUGGCUUUGGCGAGCCCGGCAGCGAGGAAGAUGGCGAAGAAGGUGACAGCAUUGGUUCGAGUGCAGGCGGCAAGAGAAGAGAAUGGACAUGCUGGGUGGCGGCGCACAGGCCGGGACACAAAAACUGGACUAAAAAGGACGCGGAUGGGAAAGACGUGCCGCCGCCGAAUCUCAUCAUCCUCGAGUUUGAGCUCGAAAGAGAUGUCUACAACCCUCUUUUCAAUUCCGGUGAAUCCUCUACUGCUCCCACUUCCGCUGCUUCUCCUGCUCGACCUUCGACUCCUGAUUCUGGAAACACAGCUAGCAACAACAGCGGCAGCGCUCGUACUGGCGGUGACCGAUCGCUCGACAGUCUUGCGGGUAACGGUGCCGGACCUCGCGCCGGUGGCUCAAAAGGCUCAUCAUCAACAGUCAGCGAAUUCACGACCGUCGCCCGACCUCACUCAUCCAGUCAAACUUCCUUCACCAGCAUGCCCCCGCAUCCCGACGACCCCAUGGGUCUAGAAGGGCUGGACAUGGACAUGUCUCCCGAGCGCAUGAUGGAAUCGACCACAAACCAUGCCAAGCCGCUUCGUGCGUUGGAAAGGAUGAGGGGAAAGGCCUCGGAGGCGGUUGAGGAAAGGAACAAACGCACAGGCAGACUGCCUCGUCCCCGAACAGGGACCUCGACGGGGACGAUGGAUAUCUUUGCUGUCCUCGGUCAGAUCAAUGACCAGCUCGGGUCCGCGCCCGACCUUGACACAUUUCUCAAGGUCACUGUCGGUCUGGUACAAGAUGUCUGCCGGUUUCAUAGAGUCUUGAUCUAUCAGUUUGACGAGCAGAUGAACGGGCUAGUCGUCUCUGAGCUCGUUGAGUGGGGCAAAACGACAGAUUUGUAUCGGGGGCUCAGAUUCCCUGCGGCGGAUAUUCCACCGCAGGCGAGAGAACUGUACAAGAUCAACAAGGUGCGAAUGUUGUAUGACCGUAGUCUGACGACGGCGCGAAUGGUGCUGCGACACAAGGAGGACUUGGAUUAUCCGCUGGAUAUGACACAUUGUUAUCUGCGCGCGAUGAGUCCUAUCCAUCUCAAAUACCUUGCCAAUAUGGGUGUUCGCUCAUCAAUGUCUGUUUCCAUCAUGGCGUUUGGUCAGCUCUGGGGUUUGAUCGCUUGUCAUUCUUAUGGCCAACACGGCAUGCGUGUAUCGUUCCCGGUCAGGCAAAUGCUCCGUAUCUUGUCAGACUCGAUAUCAAAAAAUAUCGAGAGGCUGAGUUAUGCGCAGAGACUUCAUACGAGAAAGCUUAUCUCUACCGUCCCUUCACCGGCGCACCCUACUGGUUAUAUCGUCAGCAAUGCGGAUGACCUUCUGCAAAUAUUUGACGCAGAUGCUGGAUUGUUGGUCAUUGGUGAUGGCUGUAAACUUCUUGGGCAGAACGGCCAAGGCCAUGCCAUGUUGGCGAUUGCUGAGUAUCUUCGUAUCAUGAAGUUUGGCACAAUUAAAUACACCUCCUCCAUUGUCCGAGACUACCCCGACCUUCUUCUUCCCCGAGCUCCCGAUACCAUCGCAGGCCUGCUCUAUAUCCCUCUCACCGCCAAAGCAGGCCAAGAUUUUAUCGUGUUCUUGAGAAAGGGCCAAGUGCGCGACGUCCAAUGGGCCGGAAAGCCCUUCAAGGACGAGGAAUCAGGAAAGGCCGCGAGCUUGGAGCCGAGGAAGAGUUUCAAAACUUGGACUCAGCGAGUCACGGGAACCAGUCGAGUGUGGACGGACGAUCAGCUCGAGUCGGCCGGCGUGCUGGCCCUCAUCUAUGGCAAGUUUAUUCAGGUGUGGAGAGAAAAGCAGUCUGCUAUGGUCUCAAACCAGCUUACUGCCAUCCUCUUGUCCAACACGAGCCAUGCCGUCCGCACGCCGCUUAGCCAGAUCAUCAAUACCCUGGAGCUGGCUUUGGCCGGCGAUGUCGAUGCCGACGUGCGCAAAAUGUUGGAGAACAGUCACCAGGCGUCUCGAGCUCUUCUCUUCCACGUGCACGACUUGCUUGACUUGACUCGUAUCGAGACGGGCAACGAGACGGCCUUCAACGAUCCGUUCGACCUUCGCCAGUCCAUCUCUGAAGCUGUUCGCCUCUAUGAGACGGAACUGAUCCGCAGAGGCAUCGAUUUCCGAGUCAAGAUUGGCGAUGGUCUGCCUCAAUUCGUUAUUGGCGAUGCUCGAAAGAUCCGUACCGUCAUCUCCAACCUCGUCGCCAAUUCGGUCAAGUUUACACCUAAAGGCUUUAUCGAGGUGUAUUGCGGUCUACGGUCACACGACAACGGUUCCAGUACUGGCUUAUCGUUGGACAAUUCUGUAAACAUCGAGAUCGUCAUCAGCGACUCUGGUUGUGGAAUCCCCAAUGAAAAGCUCGAAGAAAUCUUUGUCACUCUUGAGGGUGCUGAAGAGGGUAUACAGAAGAAUUCUGGUGUGGGCUUGGGCCUGGCAGUCGUCGCUCGUAUCGUCGAACAGCUUGAGGGUCAGCUUCGAGCUGAAUCGGAGGUCGGAGUAGGAACGAGAUUCUUCUUCCACCUUCCCAUGGCUAUUCACGACCCAUCCAAACCCAGAUCUCGCUCAUCUCAUGCCGGCUCAAGUCAGCACGCCUCCCGAGCAGACAGCUCUAGCUCCAAAUCCCUGGUAUCUCUGCGCUCAGAUGGUUCGGGCGUGCCGGAAAUCGACUCUUUCGUGCAGGAUCUCCAGGGCAGCCAUAUGGAACACGCACCAGAGGACGACGAGCGUUUGGAGGCUGCGAGGAAGAGGAUGAGUGAGCCUGGAGUGUUCCCUGUCACCGACUCGAGUUGGCCCAUCAGGCCUUCAAGAAUGUCUACCGAAGCGCAGUCUGUCAGUCCUACAUCCAUGUCACCCGACAAUAGCGUCCCCAAGCGAAAAUCCCCAAGGCCACUCCUGGCUCGCGAUAGCCGCUCAGCCAAGCGUCUUACUUCUGGCGAUCCCAAGACCGAUACGCCUGUCCCUCAAUCAUCAGUCGAUGGUGCCUCCUCCCUGCCUCCACAUCGCAACAAGGUCGGUCCUACGGGAAAGACUCUGAUGCGUAUCAUGGUCGUGGAGGAUGAUGCGAUCAACUCGACGAUUCUGCAGAAGCGGUUGAGGAUGGACAAGCAUUCCGUGAUUGCGGUCACCAAUGGGCAAGAAUGUGUAGACUUUUUGAAGAGGGAUAGGGAUAUCGAUGCGAUUCUGAUGGACAUCCAAAUGCCUAUUAUGGAUGGCCGAACCGCUGCUUCUGAAAUUCGCAAGCUGGAAAGCGAGGGCAAGCCUCAAAUAGAGGUCGGCUCCUUUACUGUCGACGGCCGAAUUCCAAUCUUCGCCGUAUCGGCAAGCUUGUAUGAGUCUGACAGGAGCAAUCUGGCGAAGAAUUUCGACGGGUGGCUGCUCAAGCCUCUUGAUUUCGCUCGAGUGCGCGAGAUAUUACAGGGAUUGGAGUCUUCCAAGAAGAGGAAGGAGAAUGUGUAUCAGCAAGGUCAAUGGGAGAAGGGUGGAUACUUCAGAAAACCUUCAUCGCAUGCUCCUUCGCCAGCUGCUUCAACACCAUCCAAUUCGUCGCCGUCUGUCCCAACGCUGUCUGCUUCGAAGCCAUCGUCUUCAUCGCCUGCUCAGACUAGCUGAGGGCGAAUAGAAAGUAGCUUGAUUCUUUGGUUCCUUUGUCUUCGAUUCGUAUUGUGGUUUGUCACAAGUGUAUUCUGUAUCUGUUACGUGGUGGGGUGGGGAGUUUAGUAACGUAUCAAUCAACGUUGUUGCGAUAGACGUGGCAGUAUCAUCUUUUUAUCAUCUCUUUUCGGGUUGUUUCAUCUUAGCAUUUUCAUCUUUCAUCACUUAUAGAAUAUUCAUAUAGUCGUGGCAAAAAUUCUAAUUGCUCAUUGGGGCAACAUCUUCAUGCACGUUGCCAUGGCCUUGAGCCCUUGUUUUGACCUCAAAAUUCCCCCGCCAAAUACCCAUAAUGAUGCCAAGGGGCUGGAUCUGACGGCUCUGAUACAGGUCUUCGCAGAUACAAGUGUACGUACUUAUAUUUGGGAGGAGCCGCAGGCUCUCGCCCGGCCGCAUGCACCCGGCUUCACUGCUCAACAGCACACGAGUUACCUGGCGUCGAG